AUGGCCUCAGCAAGCCUAGACCAACUGGUCAAGGGCUCUCCAGCACCCAACAAUCGUCUUGCAUCUUCUGCGACAUCCUCCUCCGAAUCAUUGGCGCCUGCAUUUCACUCCCAAGCUCCCUCUAGCGAUCCCUCUUCCCCGCCACGGUCGUCAACUCCCGAUCCACUGUCGACCCUCCCCUCUUCCCCACCCCAGAUAUACCUCAAUCUCCUCAUUCUCGAGAGCUCUCUGCGAGCUCAGUACCUGGCUCUCCGGGAACGCCGCCGACAAAAUACAUUUUUCCUUCUCUUGCUUGCCGCCUGGAUCGCCUACUUUGCCUACGCGCUCUUUCUCCGCCCGCGCGAAGAUGGCCGCGGUGUCGGAGGAUCGGUCUAUUGGGUGGUCGAAAUGGGAGAAAAGGUUGCCCUGAUGGGUGGCGUGGUCACUGCCCUCCUGGUCUGGGGAACAGGGCAAUGGGAACGGGGAGUUCGUUGGCCGCGGCGCUGGCUCGCCGUAGCCAACCGCGGCCUCCGCACCAUGAACACCAAGAUCGUGGUCAUCCGAGGUCCCUGGUGGCAGGAACUCUUCUCCUACCUCUCUUUUCUCUUCCCCUUCUCUGCACCCUUUUUUCCGUCCCCCGUGGGCGAUUUCCACUACGUCGAGCGCCCUGCGUCCGAAAGACGUGGUAGUCGGCAGCACUACCAGCAGUACUACAACCACGACGCGGAAUCAGGUCUGGUACAGGAAGACCUCAGCCCGGGAGGGGACUACAUUCGACUUCUUCUGCUGCCGAAGUCAUUCUCGCCCGAGUUUCGCGAGAAUUGGGAUGACUACCGCAGCGAGUUCUGGGACAAGGAGAAUGAUCGUCGUGCUCAGCUGCGCCAGAAGCUGCGCCAAAGGGAGCGUCAGCUCGCCCAGCAGGAUGGCGGCUGGUUCUGGUGGUUCGGAUUGAGUUGGAAGGCGUCGCAACGCCGACGAGUCGCUGCCGCAACGAUCAGCCGACCCGGCGAUGCUGACAAGAUCCCACAUCGUCCUCAUCACCACCACCAUUCGUCCAGUAUCUCAAAGCUCGUCCAUGAAUCCAAGUCGCCCUUGCGACGCGGCGGACCACGCUCCGAAUCCCACUCCCGCACGCCAUCACGCAGUACUACCCCCGUUGACACUGACGACCGACCCCCGUCCAGGUCUUCGGUCAGUGGCCGUCCCCGCCGCGGAAGCACAAGUCCAAGCACAGAACAACAGAUUCAGCAAUCACGAAAGAAGAAGGCAUCCAAAGCCGCCACUCGUGGUCUGUCUCCUCUGACGCAGGCCCAAAUCCGAGAGGGCGUGCGCACCCCAUCCUUUUCAUCCGACGAUUCCUCCUUUAUGGGCACACCCAGCGAGAAAGAGAAACCCAGGGAAGAUGGUGCUGAAUAGAAAUUCUCUCCGGUCCUUGGUCUCUCAAACCAACACCCAUUCUGGUCUAAUCUACCAAUUAUCCCCCGUAUGUCCAUCGCCAAUAUUAUACCCUCUGAAUUGCACACUACACACUACACACAAACAAAUACUAUCUCAUCUCGAUGUACUUACCGCCGUCGUCGUAGGGUGUGUGUCGAAAUAAAGCUCUUCUCCUCUCUUCUCCCUACCCUUUCUCUGCAUUGCCGAUUUUUGUCUCAUACAUUUCGGUAUUUCCGUUUUCUACCCCAAAUCCGAUGGAUUUCUUCUCUUUUUAAUACCCCUCAUAUUCUAUCAUCUUUAUAGUGCAUUCUUACUUUACCUUUCCCGUUUUUGGCAUCAGGGGGUAUGGUAUAACUAUGCGACUGAACUUACG